AGCUGGGUUGGGGUCCUCCUUGCGACAUGUGGAGUGUGGGGUGCAUAGUGGUGGAGUUGUACACCGGGAAGUGUCUGUUCCAAACGCAUGAGAACCUCGAACAUUUGGCCAUGAUCGAAAAGAUCAUAGCUGCUGUGGGACAAAACAUCAUCAAACGAGUCGG